UCAAAAUAAAUAUGUUUUCACAAUCAAAGUCAAACAAUUCCACUUUCAAGUUUAUUAUUCGAUCUGAUAUAUCCUCCACCGUUGAUUCGGAAACUUGUACAGCUUUUACUUCUGAAUCUAUUAACAACAAUAUUAAUACAGAAUCUGUAGCUACUAAUACAACAUCUUCACAUACUCAGCCUCCUUCCUUAGCAACAGAAACAACAGCAAUACCACUCAAUGAGGAAAGGAAAAGAAAGCGUUCAGAUAAAGAUAAUAUAUCUUUGGCAUCUAAAAAGGUCUAUUCUCAUUUGGAACGGUGGCAUCAAAAACAUGAAGAAUUGAUCACAACAACUAAUGAAAGUACACAAAAUGAUAUUGAGACAACACAACAGUUGAAUGACUUGUCAACUGAAAGAAAGAAGGAAGAUUUUGGUGAUUAUCGACUAUUAGCAUGCUUACUAUGUAAUCGAAAAUUCAAAACCAAGCAAGACGUUACUCGACAUCAAGCUUUAUCAGACCUACACAAAAGGAAUAGUCAAGAUCCGAAUACUGUUGCAAGAGCUCGAAACAGAUUACGACAAUCAAAUCAAACGACUGAAUCAAAUACAGAAAAAUCUUUAGAUUCUGAAGAAGUCUCAUCAUCCAUUACCUAUAGAAAUCGUGCAGCAGAAAGACGACAAGCUUACAAUCAACCAGAAAAUCCAAUUCUUCCUAGUGUAUACUCAAAACAAAGAUCCAACAAAUCAAUACAAGAUACUGAUCCUAUUAAAAAAUCAUACGAAACAGGGUCCACGUUAUCAAAACCAAUUGCAGAUAACAACGUUGGUGCCAAGAUGUUGAAACAAAUGGGAUGGAAGUCAGGACAAGGACUUGGAAAAGAGGGAUCAGGUAUUAUUAAUCCUAUUAAUGUUCAGCAAUCAACCAUGGCUGGAUUAGGUGCAUCCCAGGCAGGAAGGAUCAAUGCUGAUGGUUCAGGCGAUAGUUACAAAGAACGUGCAAAGGAACUGGCUAGACGACGUUUAUUAGAGGAACUUUGAUCUACUUUUUUUUUUUUGUUACUCCACCGGUGUUUGAAAUGAUCAAUAAAGAUUUACUUUUUUUUUUUCUUGUUAUUCUUUUCCUUCUUUUUUUAAUUAUUUUAUUCUUUAUGGGACUCAAUGGAACUC